AUGGCGAGGCGGUCCCACCGUCCGUCCACGUCCAUCGACCCUUGCAAGCAGACCCCCGACGCAAGCCCAUGGAAGAAAAAGAUGGAUACCCGUAACACCCCAGUCGACGCUGGAGCUCCUGCUUCUGACCACUCAGAAUGUCAAAGGCAGGCUGGUGCCGGUGCAGGGUACAUUGGUAUUUCUCAAACGCCCCCGGGGCAACGAACAUUCGAGAUUUAUAUUCAAAGGGCCGCGCCGCCAGUCUCCCCUUCCACUUCGUUCCCCCCCCCUCCUUCGAAAGCCUCCUUCCCUUCUUCCAUUUACUUCAAUCGCGUUGUUGAUUCUAUCUGGAACUCCAUAACCACCUCAUCAAAGCUUCCACCAAGGUUAGUACUCUUCAGACUCCCGUCAGAGCUCUCCUACACAGUUCCCUUUGCCGUCGAGCUUCUGCCCUGCUGCCUUAUCUCAAACCGAGAUUACCCGAUAUGCCUGUGUCUCUCAGCAGACACACACCGCAGACUCCCACAAGAAACAACCCCCAAUCUGACGUUUGAACUCGCGCAGAUGGCCGCUUCCACAAGACAGUUCGCCCGCGCGGCGCUGAGAACCUCCACCAGAACCUCCUUCGCCGCUGCCGCCCCCCGCCAGGCCUUCCGCCAGCAGGGCCGCCGCCUCUACUCCUCCGAGCCCGCCAGCAAGUCCGGCAGCUCCACCUGGAUCUGGCUCUCCGGCUUAGCCGUCGCCGGCGCCGGCGGCGCCUACCUCUUCACCAAGGAGGGCGGCGUCUCCGCCGGCUCCGUCCCCAAGGUCGUCAACCCCACAAAGGCCGACUACGAGAAGGUGUACAAGGUCAUUGCCGACCGCCUCGAGGAGAAGGACGACUACGACGACGGCAGCUACGGCCCCGUUCUCGUUCGUCUCGCGUGGCACGCCAGCGGUACCUUUGACAAGGAGACUGGUACUGGCGGCAGCAACGGUGCUACCAUGCGCUUCGCCCCCGAGUCUGACCACGGCGCCAACGCUGGCCUGAAGGCUGCCCGUGACUUCCUUCAGCCCGUCAAGGAGCAAUUCCCCUGGAUCACUUACUCCGACCUCUGGAUCCUCGGCGGCGUCGCCGCCAUCCAGGAGAUGCAGGGCCCUAUCAUCCCCUACCGCCCCGGCCGCAAGGAUGGCGAGGCUGCCGCCUGCACCCCUGAUGGCCGUCUCCCCGACGCCUCCCAGCGCGAGAAGCACCUCCGUGACAUCUUCUACCGCAUGGGCUUCAACGACCAGGAGAUUGUCGCCCUCUCCGGCGCCCACGCCCUCGGCCGCUGCCACGUUGACCGCUCCGGCUUCGACGGCCCUUGGACUUUCUCCCCUACCGUCCUGACCAACGACUACUACAAGCUUCUCCUGAACGAGAAGUGGCAGUGGAAGAAGUGGAAUGGUCCCGCUCAGUACGAGGACAAGGGCACCAAGUCCCUGAUGAUGCUUCCCGCCGACUACGCCUUGAUCCAGGACAAGGCUUUCAAGAAGCAGGUCGAGGUGUACGCCAAGGACAACGAGGCCUUCUUCAAGGACUUCUCCAACGUCAUUGUCAAGCUGUUUGAGCUCGGUGUUCCCUUUGCCCAGGGCGCCGAGGAGCGCUGGACCUUCAAGCCCACUUGGCAGGACUAA